ACCCUUUUUGUUAUCCAUGGUUGGUCUAAGAGAAUCAUGGUGUUUCUGCAAAGGGGUGAGCAAGUCAGAGAGAAUGAAAGCCACCAUUUUUUCAGGCAAAGGGCAAGCCAUGGCCACAAUAUCCGGCGCUUCCAGUGGGGUCGGAUUCUUGAUCCACCGGAACCUCCUCUUGACAACCCACACCAACCUCCCCUCCGCCGUCGCGGUCGACUGCUCCGAGAUCCGGCUGCACAACGGCGUCGCUGCCACUCUUGUACCCCAGAGGUUUUUCAUUACAAGUUCUGUAUUAGACCUUACAAUAGUGGGUUUAGAUGAUGCGGAUGGAGAAUCAGAUGGCCAGAGUCAGUACCCUCACUACUUGAAGACCUGUUGUAAAACCAACCUUGAUCUUGGAAGUGUUGUUUACCUUUUAGGCUACAAUGAGAAACAAGAACUCACUGUUGGGGAAGGGAAGGUUGUCAUAGCCACUGACAAUCUCAUAAAACUGUCAACUGAUGGGAUUCAAUGGAACCCGGGUUCUGCAGGUUUUGAUGUACAUGGAAAUCUAGCAUUUAUGAUAUGUGAUCCAAUGAAAUUAGCCACAUCACCAGAUACCAAAUCCUCUUCAACUUCUUCCUCAUCCUCAUCCUCUUGUACGAAGGAUCUUCCUAUGCAAUUUGGUAUACCAAUUCCUGUAAUAUGUGAUUGGUUAAACCAGCAUUGGGAAGGAACUCUUGAUGACCUUAACAAACCAAAAUUACCACUCAUUCGCUUAAUGUCUACUGGUUCGAAGAGUGAGCAUUCAUGUGCUUCCUUCACACUCAGACAAGUUUUCAAGUCAACAGAUACUGGAAAUGCUGCCACCCCUUCUUCAUCAAACUGUGUCUCAAAGGGUCAAAGUUCUUCUGCUGUUACCAAUAUUGUUGAAGAACAAAAACAAAGCUUGAUCAUUAAUCCCAAUGCUGCACAUGUACAGGGAAUUCCUACUCCAGAAAUAUAUGAAUCACCAAGAAUUAAUGCCGUGCCACUCAGAAAGAAAGAAAAUACACAAAUACAGCUUUUGGACAUUAACUUUCCUCCCAGAAUUGUUCAACCUGAAGUUUUGCCACAACCAUCCAAAAUUCUGCAUCCAAAGUCUGCUGAAAAUUUUGUGGAGGGUCCUUUACCCGAAAACCGGUUAGGAGAACAAAACCAAGAUAGAAAACUUGCAACUCCUAGUGAAGAAGUUGCCUCAACACUUUCUGUUAAUGUAGCUGAAAAUGAUGUUCAGUUUUGUUCAUCUCCCAUGGAAGUAUCAGAGAUGCACAAUGAAUAUAGUAGCGAAGGAGAGACUAUGUACUCUGCAGAAACUGCAGAGUCUCGCAAUUAUACAACUCCUAAAGAGGUAAAGUUUCAACAAGUAGGAAGGAGCCAAAGUUGUGUUCGUUACAAUAGAUGGGGUACUGCACAAAGGAACCAAGGUUCUCAUGGGAAAAAGAUGUAUUCACAAGAAGCAACUUCUCAGAGGAGUAAUGACUAUUACAACCCCACUGUCUCUUCAAUCAUGAAGCGCAACCCUGAACACACUAUUAGACUCCGACAAACUCCUGUUCAUUCUUCUUCCCCCAAAUGGAUGUUUUGA